AUGGGCAUGAACUCAGAGGCUCUUGACGAAUUCUACCGAGUUUUCCGUAUCUCUGGCAUGUCCCAUUGCGGCAGCGGUAAUGGGGCGACCUUUAUCAGCCACCAGUCAGCAAGCACUGCCAGUCUGGCACUGGAGGAAAACGUGCUGAUGGCGAUGGUUCGAUGGGUUGAGAGCGAAGUGGCUCCAGACACCAUCAUGGGGACCCGGUACAAGAAUGGCACCAGUGACAGUGGUGUUGAUUCCAAACAUAGACAUUGCAGGUGGCCAUACCACAACGUGUACCAAGGCGUUGGCGACUACAAAGAUCCUGAUACUUGGAAGUGUGUGCUAGAAACCCUUUCUCUGCCUAAUUCUUCUUCGGCCGAGAAGCAUCCCUUCACCCUCGAGAAGUUUCCAAUCAAAACAACAUUGACGGCUACUUACCAAACCACAACCAUGGCGACGUCCCACAGCGCAACUGUCGAAGACGGAUCCGAGAGAGGCGGCACCUCCGAAGAGACCGAGAAGCCUCUUCUCGCGUACAAGCCAGAAGUGGAGAUGUUGUUGUGGAAGAACCAGAGCCCCGUAGUCCUCUGGCAAUUGCAGCUCUUCCUCAACGCUCUCGUCGCAGCUCAUGACGAGGUCGGAGACUGUAUGAUCGACCUGAACAUUGAUGCCUACCUUACUAAGAGAUGGCGUCGCCGCAAGCGCGUCAAGUACACGAGAGGACUAGCGGUUUACAAGGCCCAGCGAAAGGCAGUACUCAAGAUUGAGAUGGAAGUCAUCCGGGGCGGUAAUAUGGGAGAGACACUCCAGGCCGCUUUCGACCGUGUUCAAAUUGCCCUCAUCGAGAAUAUGACGCGCGUCAAUUUGUUGUUGAGCAUGCUCUGA